GCUGCUUUUUUCAUAAAGAAGGCGCGAGAUUAAAAGCCAUCAUGGCGCUCUCCGUGAAAGAUUUGGCAUCUUUGCUAGUGGUACUGUCAGAGGAUGCAACACAAACUCAAAAUUUUGAAACCCUUGCCACAAGUCUUCAUCACUACUUUGAGAAAAAAGAUUUUUUCAAAGUGGGAUCAGCAAUUGUGCUGUUAUUGCAAAAUCAAGACUUGCUCCCCCAUCCGACUCAGAAGCUUGCUGCCAUCUUUUUGCUGUAUGAGAUGUAUCGUACAGAGCCUGUGUCUGUCAAUCCAUUUGCAUCUGUUUUUGUUCAUCUUUUGAACCCACCAACACUGGCUGCAGAGAAGGGUGACAAAGGACAAGUAGAGCUGCACUGGGCAAUCCCACCCAUAUCACCUGCAGAGAAGUAUUUCCUUUCACAGCUCAUCUCCAGUCCCAGCAAAGAGCUUUUUAAAAAAACAUGUACCCAGGUCUUGCAGAUGGAAGUUAGCAAUAUGCAGUCAUAUGAUGUUAGUGGUCUACAACUUGCUUUGGCUGAGCGUCACUCAGAAAUGCCUUUCACAAGUCGUGCUGCCAUGCCUUGUAUUGUUCCUGAUCGUGACAAGAAGCCCACAAGCUUUGAACAGUUUGGCAAGCCCAAUGCUAUCAAUCCAGAUGUCCAGCGACAAACAAUAGAAGCAUUGCUGUCAAGUAGCAAUUCACCAGUGGAGCAUAGCCUGCGUCCUGAAUUUAUUCGACUUGCACCACCUUUACACAUUGCAGAGGAUGAGUUAGUGUGGAUGAUCCCAACUGACAGUGAACACAAGGUCAUCUGGGACCCUGCUGUUUGUGCUAACAGUUCUGCAGGUGCUGAAGUACGACGACUUCUGGUCAAAGCCACAAAAGGUCCAUUAACAUUACAGCAGCAGCAGCAAAUCCUAAAGCAGUUGGAAAAUGACCCAAAACUUAUUUAUCAUGUUGGUCUCAGCCCACAGAAGCUGCCAGAUUUGGUAGAAAACAAUCCACUGGUGGCAAUCGAAGCUUUAUUGAAGUUGAUGACAUCUAAUCAGAUCACAGAGUAUUUCCAAGUAUUAGUCAACAUGGAGAUGUCUUUACAUUCCAUGGAAGUUGUCAACCGUCUCACCACUCAAGUAGAUUUACCUCCUGAAUUUAUUCACCUAUACAUCUCCAACUGCAUAUCAACUUGUGAAACCAUAAAAGAUCGUUACAUGCAGAAUCGCCUGGUGCGAUUGGUGUGCGUCUUCCUUCAGUCGCUUAUACGCAACAAGACUAUUGAUGUUCGGGACAUCUUCAUCGAAGUGCAAGCAUUCUGCAUUGAGUUCAGUCGCAUACGAGAGGCUGCUGCUUUGUUUCGUCUUUUGAAAUCUCUGGAUAGUGCUGAUGCACAACCAGCACCGACAGCAAGCAGAUAGCAGAUUACUAAUGCUGCUCUUUCUUUGAAGCAGAAUACAGAGAUGAUUAGAAUGAAAGAGACUGUAACAACAGCAUUAUAAACCUGAGAAUUCAAGUUCCAAACAAAUUUAAUUGUCCUGUCUUAAUCAGUGGGUGGUGGCUGUGUAAGAUUUUAAGACCCUCUUGUUGCAGAAGGAAGGCAGGCAGGAAUAUUGUGUGUGUGGAUAAAUUCAGAAUUCUCUAUGAAUUAGACACAUUUUUUUGUGUUUGUAUAAGUGCUCAGUAUGUUUUGCGUGGAUGCUUGUCCGUGUGUUUUAUGAUACAGGAAGAUCUGAAAAAGAAUGCUUGUUUCUGAAAGUAUGCAUUUGUGAUGACUGAUGUUUAAAACAUUAGAAAAUCAUUAAAAGAUUAUUUACCUAA